GCGAGUGACAGUGCCCUGCUCAAAGAUGGCCGCCGGCGGCUUCGGCGUGUCCGGAGGUGAGGGGUGAGGGGUGGCGGCGGCGGCCGGGCUCCGGGAAGAUGGCAGAGAGCGAGCGGCGGGCAGGCACCACUGAGGAGGUGACUCCUCCCCUCCAGCAAUGCUUCAUGAUCCCCAAAAAGGAGAUAAACAUGGUUUCCGACAUGGCCAAGUGGAAGCGUUCUCAGGCAUAUGCAGAUUACAUGGGCUUCAUCCUCACUCUGAAUGAAGGUGUCAAGGGCAAGAAGCUGACCUGCGAAUACAAGGUUUCAGAGCCCAUUGAGAAGCUGGUGGCUCUUCUGAACACCCUCGACAGAUGGAUCGAUGAAACCCCGCCAGUGGAUCAACCCUCUCGCUUUGGGAACAAAGCCUUCAGGACCUGGUAUGCCAAACUAGACCAGGAAGCAGAGAAGUUGGUGGCAACAGUGAUUCCCAAGCAUUUGGCUAGUGCUGCACCAGAAGUGGCUGUGUACCUGAAGGAAUCCGUGGGGAAUUCCACCCGCAUUGACUAUGGCACAGGUCACGAAGCUGCAUUUGCAGCCUUUCUCUGCUGCCUCUGCAAAAUCGGGGUGCUCAGAGUGGAUGACCAGAUGGCCAUUGUCUUUAAAGUGUUUAACAGGUACCUAGAAGUGAUGCGAAAACUCCAGAAGACCUACAGGAUGGAGCCUGCUGGCAGCCAGGGCGUGUGGGGCUUGGAUGACUUCCAGUUUCUACCUUUCAUAUGGGGCAGUUCCCAGCUGAUAGACCAUCCAAAUCUGGAGCCUCGACACUUUGUUGAUGAGAAGGUGGUAAAUGAAAACCAUAAGGACUUCAUGUUCCUGGAGUGCAUCCUCUUCAUUACAGAGAUGAAGACGGGUCCCUUUGCUGAGCACUCCAACCAGCUCUGGAACAUCAGCGCCGUGCCCUCCUGGUCCAAGGUCAACCAGGGCCUCAUCCGCAUGUACAAGGCAGAGUGCCUGGAGAAGUUUCCUGUGAUCCAGCACUUUAAGUUCGGCAGCCUGCUCCCCAUCCAGCCUGUGACGUCCUAAGGAGGCCGCAGGAGGAGCUGAGGCAGCGGAGGCAUAGCGCGGCGCUCUUCCUCCUCCCCUCACCCCCUCUUCAUCACCGUGCCUGUCACACGCAGCCCAUUCAUUCCUGCACAUCCUCAUCAGCAACCCCAGAUCCAAAGCACUCGCUGGCCUUGCAUGGGAGAUGGGACAUGGAGCAGCUCCUCCUGCACGUCCCCAGCACGUGGAUGUGUCGCCAGCGCCCAAGCCAGGGCUGUGCUUCGCUCUGCUGCGCCCGCGGGCAGCGCGGCUGCUGUGCACGGCUCCGGGCACGUGGAUGGGGUUUGAGCAGGGGCUGCCUUGCAGCAAAGGCCCUCUGCUUCCCAUGCCGGGAGGAAGGGGGUGUGGAGGGGAGGAAGGCACGUGUGUAUGUGUCGGGCAGUGGUAACUGCAAUUUCCCUUUUGAAUUUCAUUGAAGUUUCCUGUUGCUGUUUGGUUUGGGAAACCACUGCGAGGGGUGAGGUGUGAGCCCGCGUGUGUCUGUACGCAGCCACCUCUGCUUGCACGGGGAGGGCUGAAACGGGUAAAGGAAGUUGUAGGGAAUGUCGGUGGGUUGCUGGAAGCCCAGGCUUCACCUUUCCCUUUUUCUGGGUAAUGAAAGCCCCCUCCCUCCAUUUCUUCUGCAAGGUUUCCUGGGUCUUCCUUUCCCACCACCGCCUCUUCUCUCGGGUGAAGCUGGGAACCUCUUCUGGGCUGUGGGGGGCUGAGCUGGCUCCGGAGCCAAAGACAGGUCCCUGAGGGACCCUGCUCUGUGGGAACAGCUAUGCAAAGACACUGCUCGAGCGGUGCCUGCUGAGGCUCCCUCUUAACGGGCACAAAACCUCACACGUUCACACACAUUCAUCACUGGGUCCAACCUGCCCUCUGCACUCCCUGUUUCCUCCUCUGUGCUUUGCUGCCCCGGGGCUGGGCUGGCCUCAGUGGCACGAGGUGACCGUGGUUGCUACUGCUUGGUCAUAAAUUGUAGUGACAGCCCCAGAGCAAAGGGAUUUCCCCUCGAAGCAGCGUGUUCCCCAGCUCUUUCAGAGAGGCAUCCCCGGAGCGAAGGCAGCAUGAGGGGGCAAGCAUGCAGCUUUACAUGCAUCUAUAUACUUGUGCUCAAACAAAAAGCAUAAAUAAGCCUGGGGCAGCAGGUCAUGCCUGGAGAAAGCUCUUUCCCUUUGUCAUUCCCUGCUGGUGUUGCAGUGCUGGACCUUGGGAAGAGGGACCACACUUCCAGUGCCAAGAGCAGCAGCAUCUCGAAGGCAGGUGAAUGGAUGCAGAUGUGGUCCAGAUCAUGCCAGCAGCAGCACUUGGAGGGCAGGAGCGGCUCGUGCUGGGUUUGAGAUGAGCUGGUGUGGAUUGACCAAGGUGGUCCAUAGCUUUGCAGCUGGAGAGGGGACGUUUCUGUUUGGGGGCUCGCAGGCUGGGAGUGGGGGGCACAGGGCUCUGGUGUGGUGGUUGCAGCAGGGACUCUUUCCCUGCGGUCCCACAGAGCAGGGAGGAGGCAGUUGGGCUGCCCCAGCCAGGCUGCUGCACUGUUAGUGGUGGUGGGGAACCUGCUUGUGACUUUUUAGCUUUAUUUGUUGUUUUCUUCACAAUUUUCUAUUUGCCAGGCCUGCUCCCUCCCCUUGUGAAGGUUCUUGGAGGGGGGAGAGCAAGAAAAGAGUCUAAAUAGAGGCAGUGAAAUGCAGGUGUCUGCAGAGCUAAAGCAGAACUCUCCAGCACUGCUACUGUCCUCUCUGCUUCUGGCUUGGCCCUGGGCAGGGACAAGGAUCUUUUGACCUGCUGAAAGAACUCUAUAAACUUGCAUUUUGACUGAAACUGGAAGACUGGGAUUAACUCUUGUUAUAUUCCUUAAUGGGAUGUGUGUUUUGUGUUGGCUUUCCAAACGGAUCCACUCCUGGAGCGGUGCUGGUGAGCUGUGUGCUUGCUGGGACUCAAUGGGUCCAUCUCCAGAGGAGCAGUUUAGUGGCAGGAGCAGGGAUGACAGGCAUCUCCAUGCUGCGUGGCUUUGGGCAAGUGUCACCGUGCUUGAAGUGGCUCUGCAGCAUCUGGCUGGCAAUGGCUGAGCUAGAACCCAUGGUUUCCCAAAGCUGCCCAAGGUCAGGAACGCGUCUCUCCUGGUCAUCUCAUGGGAAUGGGGCUUCCAUGCAAAAGGAUGGGUGGAAACGUUGACAUCCAUGCAUGGGAGGGACACCAAGAGUAUGACACACAGCACCAAAAACGGGUGGGGAGGUGCUUCCUGGGGAUGGUGUCCCUGCGCUGGGAACCUGCCGAGGAGGAUGCUCACAUAGAGCUCUGUGGUUCUUGCUUGCCUGAGUCUGCACAUGGGUCCUGCUUAGGGGUUUUUGGACUUAAAGCAGCUAAUUCUUGUCUGAGUCUUAUCGUGCUGCUUGGGAUGUGCCCCUGUGGUGUGGCAAUCAGCUGCUUGCCUUCCUCUGACUGCCACCAAUGUCCAUCACUGGUUCCUGGGGCUCUGCUCCUCACACACAUAGCAGCCCCGAUGGCCGAAGCAGCUCCUCCAACAGUGUGGUUUUGAUUAAAGUCUCUGUGUUUUGCACCAGUGACUGUGUUGGUCUCUCUCACACCAGGGUUUGCUCCUGCUUUGGGAGCAGAGCCAGCAUGGCUGGAGCCUUCAGGCACAGGGAAGAGGCUUUGUGGAGGCGCUUGCUGUGUUGGUGGUUGAUCUCUUGCUUGCACCAAAAUGGACUUAUUUAACUGCAUGAAGCGAGUGUAUUGUCUGUCUCUUGUCUCCUUCCUUGGUGUCUUUCUGUCAUAGGUAUGCUUUAUUUUUAACCCUCUUGCUGUGUCCACCCCCCUCUGUCCCAGCUUGGAUUUGGCAGGUGGGUGAUGUGCGAAGCCUGUUCCCAAGCCAGCAAAUACCUCCUGAAGAUCAGAGACUUUGGUAACCAAAGGACGUUUGAGCCUUGUUUCUGAGGCAGGCUGAGAACUGGAACCUUUUUGCUUCAGCUGUUUCUCCUGUCCUGCUCUAGGGGCUGACUUGGGACUUCCAGCAUCAGUUUAGCUCAGCAGCUUUGUUGGAUUGCUAUAGGAAAUCAUACCUGGACCUUCCCACAAGAGAUUGGAGCAAGCGUAGAUGUGCUUAGCAAAUGCUGGUUUUCUAGUCUCUGGGUUAUAUCCUCUCCAUCAACACAGACCAACUGUGUGAGUGCAUGUUGCUAAAAGUGGCAGUGAUGCGGAGGGAUGGAUGGCGAGCAGGAAUGUCCUCUUGGAUCACAGAGGCUUUCUUUGAAGGCACUUGAAUUCAUCUUGAACACAUCCUUUGGUCACCAUGAUGCACGGCGAAGGGGAAGCAGACAUGGUGUGGGUUUCUCACCAUGUUCCCCCUUAGCCCACUGACCGAGACAGGCUUCUAAGUUCAGUUUUCCCAACUGGAUCCUUUGGGGUUGCCAUUCUUUGACUGGUUUGUUGUGGUGUUCAACACUGUCUUCACAGCCCUCCUUUACAAGUGAUUGUUCGUGGCAGCCAGGAAUAAAUGAAGUAAGAGUU